AUGCAUGUCCUGUCAAGUGCUUUGCCGUGUGUAAACAGUUUUUAUUCUCUUUUUAACAGGGAUCUCAAGCUCGACAACAUCCUUUUGGAUUGUGAAGGUCACGUGAAAAUCGCAGAUUUCGGAAUGUGUAAAGACGGAAUAGUCGGGGAUGAACUAACAUCAACUUUCUGCGGCACUCCCGACUAUCUGGCCCCAGAGAUUGUAAAUUACAAGCCCUACGGAAAAGCUGUGGACUGGUGGGCAUUUGGCGUCCUUCUGUAUGAGUUCCUGGCUGGUCAGCCACCAUUCGACGGCGAUGAUGAAGAAGACCUCUUCCGAAAUAUCGCCUUG